AUGUCGACUGAAGUGGAUGCCACCGGUCUCGGAGAUUCGGUUAUUCCUGAUUAUCGCUUGGCUCGCAAGCUUACCAACACCUUGCUGAACCUAAAGAAAGACAAUGUGAUGGAUGAACCGACCUAUCGUAGACUGAAACCCACACAAAAGCAACCUCCUAGAAUAUACGGGUUACCCAAGAUACACAAACCCACAGUACCAUUACGACCUAUAGUGUCAUGCAUAGGCUCCUUUGCCUAUAACCUCUCAAAGUACCUAGCUGAAAUUCUUUCUCCGCUCACCGGUUUGACUGAAUAUACGAUUCCCAUUUCGAGUGGUUUUGCAGAGCUCAUAGCAGAGCAAACCAUCGGUACUCAAGAACGCAUGGUUUCGUUUGACGUAGUUUCACUCUUCACCAAUGUACCGAUUGAGGGCGCAUGCAAUGCUACAUUGCAACGCUUACAAUCAGACAGCAAUUUGUCUACCCGUACCGCACUCUCACCGGAACAACUCACUCAACUCCUCGAGUUUGUUCUACGAUCCACAUAUUUUCUGUAUAAAGGUUCAUACUAUGAACAGACAGAAGGGGCAGCAAUGGGCAGUCCAGUCUCGGCUGUCGUGGCCAACCUAUACAUGGAGAGUUUCGAAGAAGAAGCGCUGGACACAUGUCCCCUCUCUUGCAUGCUUCGUGUUUGGAAGAGAUACGUAGAUGACACCUUCAUCAUAGUUCCCAUCUCUGAAACAGAUAAGCUGCUUAAACACAUGAAUAGCCUUGAACCAACCAUCCAGUUCACAUCAGAGAUAGAGUGUGAAGGGAAGAUAGCAUUUUUAGACACUCUAGUUCAUAGACACGACAACCAUAGGCUCUCCACCUCAGUCUAUAGGAAGCCUACCCACACAGACCAGUACAUAGCGUUUGACUCUCACCAUCCCAUAUCGGUGAAGAGAGGUCUAGUGAAAUGUCUAUUUGACAGAGCUUCACGCAUUGUGACAAGUCCACAACAGCCAUGCAAAGAACGGACCCGUGUUCGCAGUGCCCUGAGUCUCAACGGUUACCCACGCCGUUUUAUACACAAUACCAAGAAUAGAUCGUCGGAACCCAGGGAUCAGAAGGUAUACAAGACUUUUACAGUCUUGCCGUACAUUGAUGGGGUCUCCAAACAACUCAAGCGCCGCCUAGAGAGCCAUGGCAUUCGAACGGUUUUCAGAUCAGAUACCACCCUACGUCAACAACUUACACGCCCCAAGGAUUCAAUUCCUCCACAUAGACGGGACGGCAUUGUGUACAACAUCCCUUGUAAAGGAUGUGAUAGAUCCUACAUCGGUGAAAUUGCCCGUCCGAUAAAAGAAAGAAUCACUGAGCAUAAGAGGGACGUCAGACUCCGUCGAACUGACAACUCAGCCGUAGCCGAACAUGCUUGGGAUAACCAGCAUCAACCAGACUGGGACGGGGUUCAGUGCCUUUCCCAGGAACGGCAUUGGUAUACACGGAGGGUGAAAGAAGCUAUCAAUAUCCGUCUCAAUCCUAAUAAUUUCAACAAAGACAACGGGAUCGAUAUCCCCGAAUUUUGGAUGCGGACGAUACGCCGCCAUGACACUCGCCGUCCUGCCAGCCAACACCGGUCGAUUCCAUUCAGCAGACAGUCCGAGCCAGCGGCCCGUUGA